AUGAGGAAGGAAGGAAACAAAGUGAAACCAGAAGUGCCAACGUCGCGAUUUUCCCACGUUCUCGGCAACGCGCCGGGAAUCUUCCCGGAGACCUCGGGGACCUCAAGAGCCCACCUACGCGGCGCCUGCACUCCCUCCGAGGGCCGGCAGGGGGCAGUGCGCCUGCGCAGUGCGUCGGCGCGCAGCCCGGCGCGGCGGCUGCUCGGGAUUCGCCAGCGAAGGCGCUCCACGCCCCCAUCACGCCACAGCACGCUCGGGCGGAACGGUGUCCGUGGACUGGCACGAAGCCCCACCGCCACUCACUAUGCACACACGGGCCUACACCCCCUCGCUCUCACUUCCUUUUCCGCUUUCGGAGACCCUCUUCCGCCCCUUGUAGCCCACCUUCCGCUGCGCGCGACCCUCUUCCGCCUCCACACCGGCUUCGGACGCUGUUUCCGCUGCCCCUCAGGCCUGUUUCCUCUCCGCGUGCGCGCCCGCAGGGCCUUCUCCUGCUGGAGCCCGCAGCCCGGGAAGUCCCGCCUCUUCCCACCAGACUCUGUAAUUUUCUCCCCAGAUGUCCCGAGCUUCAGGCUAGGGAAAGGAGGCCACUUAAAUCCUUCCUACCCUGUUUGGCUGCAAACCUGGAGAGAAAGGAAGGCUGAGAAGAGAAAGGGAGGAAAAGGCUGCAGUCCAGCUGAUCGAACAGUAGCAAGCUGUGAACAGAAAGUCCAGGAAUUCAGUUGCUGCUCAAUCCCACAAGGCUGGCUGUCUCAGCUGGUCUUCUGUAUAUGCUGGAUCCCAAAGAAGCUUCCAGCAGAAGGUGUGGCCCAGGUUAAAGAAUUACUGAUUCCUACUUCUGAUCUCAUUUUAUCCCUUCAGAAGAAUGAAAUUGUGUCAUGAAAAAAAAAACUGGAGAUCUUCAUACUGUGUAAAAUAAUUCACGUAUACACACCACAGAACAAUGAAAACAGCACAUUUUCUUUAUUUCCUUCUGGGGGAAAAACAUGAAACUAAAGGAAAGAUCUGAGAACACAUAUUUACAUAUGGAAAUGUCAUCAAGAAACCUCUUCCUAUGCAGGUGGGAUACAGAGUUAAUAACAUGUAACUAAUAAUAAUAAACAAUAAAAAAAAGUAAAAAAAAAAAAAGAAAUCUCCUGUAUG